GGAGCCGUGCGGGUGGGGUGGCCCAUGUCGUCUUCUCCUCCCAAACCUUUUUGGGGACCCUCCUGGAGAUCCAGGACAAGUGGGCAGAAGCCAGGAAGGGUAAGAGGGUCUUUUUCCUGCAUCUGGAAUUGUGUGAAGGGCCGCAUCCGGAACUGGGAGGAGGCGGCAGCGCCUUCCCCCACCCCACCCCCGCUGGAGCCCCGGCGGCCUCGGCUCCCUGCCGAGUCCAGGAGGGCGUGUCCCCGCGCUCACCUGCCAUUGGCCAGGUGAGGCGGCUGGGCCGCGAGCAGCGGCCGGGCUAUAAGUACCGACACCGCGGUUGCGAGGCCAGGAGCCGGCCAGGAUGGUGGACAGCGUGUACCGGACCCGCUCCCUGGGGGUGGCGGCCGAAGGGCUCCCGGACCAGUACGCGGAUGGCGAGGCGGCGCGCGUGUGGCAGCUCUACAUAGGGGACACCCGCAGCCGCACGGCCGAGUACAAGGCGUGGCUGCUCGGGCUGCUCCGCCAGCACGGCUGCCAGCGGGUGCUGGACGUGGCCUGCGGCACCGGGGUGGAUUCCAUCAUGCUGGUGGAAGAAGGCUUCAGCGUGACCAGCGUGGACGCCAGCGACAAGAUGCUGAAGUAUGCUCUCAAAGAGCGCUGGAACCGGCGGCAUGAACCUGCCUUCGACAAAUGGGUCAUAGAAGAAGCCAACUGGUUGACGCUGGACAAAGACGUGCCCCGGCCAGCAGGGGGCGGCUUUGACGCUGUCAUUUGCCUUGGGAACAGUUUUGCCCAUCUGCCAGACUGCAAAGGGGACCAGAGCGAGCACCGGCUGGCACUGAGGAACAUCGCGAGCAUGGUACGCUGCGGGGGCCUGCUGGUCAUCGACCACCGCAACUAUGACCACAUCCUCAGCACCGGCUGUGCACCCCCUGGGAAGAACAUCUAUUACAAGAGUGACCUGACCAAGGACGUCACGACAUCGGUGCUGAUGGUGAACAAUAAGGCCCACAUGGUGACCCUGGACUACACGGUGCAGGUGCCGGCCGCUAGCCAGGAUGGCGUUCCAGGCCUGAGUAAGUUCCGGCUCUCCUACUACCCGCACUGCCUGGCACCCUUCACGGAGCUGCUCCGAGCAGCCUUCGAGGGCAAGUGCCAGCACAGCGUCCUGGGAGACUUCAAGCCCUACGAGCCAGGCCAGGCCUACGUCCCCUGCUACUUCAUCCACGUGCUCAAAAAGACGGGCUGAGAGCAGCCACGGCUCCAUGGCCCCAUGCACACCCAGGGGCCCAGCAGCUCCAUACCCAGCCCUUCCAACUUCUGCGGACACCAGGGGAGGGGGGCUGUGUGGGCGGGGGCUGGCUACAGCAGAGGGUGUGUAGAACAUAGGUUCAGGUCAAUGGAAGGGUAAGCAAUACAGUCUGUGCCUUGUCCACUCCUGCAAGCUUCGUGUUUA